CAGCAUCCAGCAUCACCCCCCACCCCCCUCCAACCCCCCCGAAGCACAGCAGCAUCCGGAGAGCAUCCGAGCUUUAACCAAGACAAUCACACUAUAGAACAUCCGCACAUCCUUCAUGCGCAACGACCGGGCGCAAAAGCGCGCACAUAAUACGCACGGUGGAGAUCCUAUCAAGUCAUUGGCACAGGAAAUCUGGACUGGCUUUUGUUUUAACCUGACUGUUGGCAUUCUGAGUGGGGGAUCAGGAAAAAGCUGUGGACAAAGUGUGCGGAGUGAAAAGAGGAAAAUCUAGCUUGGGGAUUGAACGCAGCGGGGCAUGUGGAUAUUGGCAUUUCUCUUUCUCCAGAGCAUCCUGAAUGUUUUCGGUGAAGAUCUACGUUCCAGCUUAUAUUUUGUCAAUGCAUCUCUGCAAGAGGUAGUGUUCUCCAGCACCACAGGGGCACUGGUGCCGUGUCCCGCCGCGGCCGUGCCCCCCGCCACGCUGCGCUGGUACCUGGCCACCGGGGAGGAGAUCUACGAUGUCCCAGGCAUCCGCCAUGUGCACCCCAACGGCACGCUGCAGAUCUACGGAUUCCUGCCGUCCAGCUUUAGUAACCUAAUCAAUGACAAUACAUACUACUGCACAGCGGAAAACCCAUCAGGGAAGAUCAGGAGCCAAGAUCUACACAUUAAGGCCGUAUUCCGGGAGCCGUACACAGUGCGUGUGGCCGAUCAGAGAGUCAUGCGGGGGAAUACGGCCGUCUUCAAGUGCAUUAUCCCGGCCUCAGUAGAGGAGUACGUCAGUGUUGUAUCAUGGGAGAAAGACACAGUCUCACUUGUCUCAGGAUCAAGAUAUCUUAUUACAUCCACGGGGGCCUUGUAUAUUCUGGAUGUGCAGUCGGAGGACGCGGUGAAUAUUUAUCGCUGUACCACACGGCACCGAUACACAGGGGAGACCAGACAGAGCAACAGUGCCCGACUGCUUUUAUCAGAUCCUGUGGACUCCGCUCCGGUGAUUCUGGAUGGGUUUGAACGGAGGGAGGUUAUGGUGGGACACCGGGUGGAGCUCCCGUGUAAAGCGUCCGGUCACCCCCCGCCCAGGUAUCGCUGGCUGAGGGACAACAGCCCCUUAGAAUCAGACAGCCGCUACCACCAGAGUGUAUCGGGCCUUCUCAUCGAGGCCACGCGACCCAGUGACGCUGGCAGUUAUGUGUGUGAGGUGUGGAACAGCUUCGGAAACGCCAAAGUGGUCGGACGGCUGGUGGUCAAACAGCCUCUGAAAGCAGUGGUGAGCCCACGGAAGGUGAGAGGCAGCGUGGGUAGCCAAGUGUCUCUGUUCUGCAGUGUGACUGGCUCUGACGAGUAUGACAUCAGCUGGUACAGGAACGGUGAGAAGAUCUAUCAGGGUAUAAACGUACGUAUCACGGGCAUCAACAACGAGAACCUGGUGAUGGAGGGAAUGGCCAAGAGUGAUGGAGGAGCGUAUCAGUGCUUUGCUCGAAAUGGCAAGAUGUCCACCCAAGACUUAGUUCAGGUCGUCUUGGAAGACGGGACGCCAAAGAUCCUCUCGGCCUUCAGCGAGAAGGUGGUGAGCCCGAACGAGCCCAUCUCGCUGGUGUGUCACGUGAAAGGAACGCCGCUCCCCACCGUCACCUGGACCCUGGACGAAGACCCCGUCAUCAAAGACAGCAACCACCGCAUGGACCGCAUCAUCACCACCGAGGGCCACGUGCUCAGCUAUCUGAAUGUGUCCCACACACAGGUCAGCGAUGGGGGCGUCUACCGCUGCACCUGCAACAACUCGGCCGGAUCGGUCUCCUACCAGGCUCGAAUAAACGUAAGAGGCCCUGCCAGUAUUCGACCAAUGAAAAAUGUCACUGCCAUUGCUGGGAGGGACACGUACAUUCACUGUCGCAUCAUUGGUUACCCUUAUUACUCUAUUAAGUGGUAUAAGGACUCCAAACUGCUCCCUUUCAACCAUCGCCAACGUGCCUUUGAGAACAACGGCACACUGAAGCUGUCCAAUGUGCAAAACUCGGACGAGGGAGAGUACACAUGCUACGUGCUGGUGGAUCCAGAGAAACAAAUUCACAGGAGUGUUCAUGUGACAGUGAAAGUGCCCCCUCUGAUCCAACACUCCGACUCUCAGAGCGCUUCCAUCGGCCAGCGUGUCUUCAUCCCCUGUGUGGUCAUAUCCGGCGACCUGCCCAUGUCUAUAACCUGGCACAAAGAUGGACGACCAAUUAAUGCCAGCCUUGGUGUCACCAUCGACAACAUAGACUUCACCAGCUCAUUGCGCAUUUCAAACCUGUCGGAGAUUCACAACGGCAGUUACACCUGCAUCGCCCGUAACGAGGCUGCAGCCGUCGAGCACAGCAUACAGCUCAUCGUCAAAGUUCCACCACAUUUUGAGGUUCAGCCAAGAGACCAGGACGGCAUAUAUGGGAAGUCGGUGAUCCUGAAUUGUUCAGCCAAGGGAAACCCAAUCCCCACUAUAGUAUGGAACCACUCCAAAGGUGCUGGCGUACCUCAGUUCCAGCCCAUCGCCUUGAAUUCGGGUUCGCGUAUCCAGCUCCUGGAGAAGGGCUCUCUGCUCAUAAAACACGUCCUGGAGGAAGAUGCUGGAUUUUAUCUGUGCAAGGUCAGCAAUGACGUGGGAGCCGAUAUCAGCAAGAGCAUGUACCUCACCGUUAAAAUUCCUGCUAUGAUCACAUCGUACCCCAACACCACACGAGCGGAGCAGGGUCACAUGACUGAGAUGAGCUGCACUGCUCACGGUGAAAAGCCCAUCAAGGUUCGCUGGGAGAAGGAAUCUCACAUCAUCAACCCAGACAUGAGCCGCUAUGUGGUUACGGUGAAGGAAGUGGGCGACGAGGUCAUAUCCACCCUGCAGAUCUUACACACUGUCCGAGAAGAUUCUGGCUUUUUCUCUUGCAUCGCUAUCAACUCUUACGGCGAAGAUAAAGGAAUCAUUCAGUUGAUAGUGCAAGAUCGUCCUGACCCUCCUGAGGUCGAGAUCAGAGAAGUGAAGGACCGAACCAUCGCGCUUCGCUGGACAAUGGGCUUUGAUGGAAACAGCCCUAUAACAGGAUAUGACAUCAACUAUAAAAACAAAUCCGCUUCAUGGGCCGCAUCUCAAAUGACCAAAGACGUCUCCCCUCAGCUGAAUCAGGCCACCAUCAUUGAACUCCACCCCGCCUCCACCUACAACAUACGCAUGUUUGCCAAAAACCAGAUCGGAGAGAGCCGACCAAGCAACGAGCUGACCAUCACCACAGAUGAAGCCCCACCUGAUGGCCCUCCUCAAGAAGUGCAGCUGGAAGCGAUCUCAUCCCAAGGCAUCAAAGUCACGUGGAAGCCCCCCCUUAAACACUUGCAGAAUGGAUUGAUCCGAAGUUACCAAGUGUGUUAUCGGGAGUUUGGGACAGGGGGCAGUCCCCAGUACAACACCAUCAAUGUAGACACCACGGGGGACAUCGAAACCCUCACUCUGGAUAACCUGAAGAAGUACACCCAGUAUGAGGUGCGGGUGCAAGCGGCCAAUCGGGCAGGAAUGGGUCCCACCUCAGAGGAAAUCACCAUCACCACGCUAGAGGAUGUGCCCAGUCGCCCCCCUGAGAACGUUGUGACAACAGCCACCACUCCCGAGACCAUCUCCCUGUCCUGGUCUGCUCUCCCCAAAGAAGCGCUCAACGGCAUGCUGCUGGGAUACCGUGUCAUCUACUGGGCCAAUCUACCUGAUGGAGAGCUGGGAGAGAUCAGGAACAUCACAACCACCAAGCCUUCACUAGAGUUGGAACGGCUGGAGAAAUACACCAACUACAGUAUCCAGGUCCUGGCCUUCACUCGAGCCGGAGACGGCGUUCGUAGCGAGCAGAUCUACACACGCACCAAAGAGGACGUUCCUGGCCCUCCGGCUGGAGUUAAGGCAGCUGCUUCCACAAGCUCGGUGGUGUUUGUUUCCUGGCUGCCUCCAUUCAAGCUCAACGGGAUCAUCCGGAAAUACACCGUCUUCUGCUCCAACCCUUACCCCACGGUGAUCAGUGAGUUUGAGGCUGCUCCUGAUGUUUACUUCCGUCGUUUGACCAACCUGAACCAGAACUGGCAGUACAGCAUCUGGGUUGUGGCGGUCACUGCGGCGGGUCGUGGGAAUACCAGCGAGAUUAUCACCGUAGAGCCCCAAGCUAAAGCCCCUGCUCGAAUCCUGACGUUCAGUGGCACAGUGACCACCCCUUGGAUGAGGGACAUUGUCCUUCCAUGCAAAGCAGUCGGAGACCCUCCUCCAACCAUCAAGUGGCUGAAGGGAAAUAAUGGUACACCUGCUCCAGUUUCAAUCGAUGGUCGUCGCAGCGCUCACAGCAAUGGCAGCUUUGUUAUUCGUACCAUCAAAGCAGAGGAUUCUGGGUACUACAGAUGUGUUGCCAGCAAUAACUGGGGUUCAGAUGAGAUCAUGCUAAAUCUUCAGGUCCAAGUACCUCCGGACCAACCACGCCUCACAGUGACCAAAACCACGACCACCUCCAUCACGCUGUUCUGGAUUCCUGGAGACAAUGGAGGGAGCUCCAUCAGAGGCUACAUUCUGCAGUACUCUGAGGAUAACAGUGAAGAGUGGGGCAGUUUCUCCAUCAGCCCCAGUGAGCGGUCUUACCGUCUUGAGAAUCUGAAGUGUGGCACUUGGUACAAAUUUACUCUAACUGCACAGAAUGCAGUUGGUCCUGGACGCAUCAGUGAAAUCAUUGAGGCUAAAACCCACGGGAAAGAGCCACAGUUCGCCAAAGACCAUGAGCUUUUCUCAAGUAUCAACUCUACCCGUGUGGAGCUCAACCUCAUUGGCUGGAACAACGGUGGCUGUCCGAUCGACUCCUUCACACUGGAAUAUCGGCCCGUGGACACUAUGAAAUGGACCAUGGUAAAGCGGGAUUCCCUCACCAAGAGCCACAUUCUGUACGACCUACAGGAGGCCACCUGGUACGAGCUCCAGAUGAGAGUGGGCAACAGCGCAGGGACAGCAGAGAAGAGGGUGCUUUUCGCAACUUUAAACGUGGAUGGCAGCACAAUUGCUCCAUUGCCAAAGACUGUGGACCCCAGCCAGGAGAACAGGCAGGGCAAUGAAGGACUAAAGAUGAUGGUCACAAUCAUAUGCAUUCUGGUGGCAAUCUCGAUGGUCUUCAUUGUUCUUCUGGUAUUGAGGAGGAGGAGAAGAGAGCAGAGACUCAAGAGAUUACGAGAUGCAAAGAGCCUAGCAGAGAUGCUAAUGAGUAAAAAUGCACGUACACCAGACACCGUGAACAAACAGCAGCAGACUCUGAGGAUGCACAUCGAUAUCCCACGUGCUCAGCUACUCAUCGAGGAGAGAGACACUAUGGAGACAAUCGAUGACCGCUCCACAGUGCUAUUGACGGAUAAUGACUUUGGAGAAACAUCUAAACAGAAGUCCUCAACCGUCACCCAUACAGUGCAUUACCAGUCUCUAUCUCAGGCCACUGGACCGCUAGUAGACGUGUCUGACGCUAGACCUGGUACAAACCCCACUGCCCGCCGCACGGCUAAAGCAGGUCCCGCCACACGCAGUCGCUACGCCAGCCAGUGGACCCUGAACCGACCACAUCCCCCCGUCUCCUCACACACUCUCACUACCGACUGGAGGCUGCCCACACCCCGCGCCACGGGCUCAGUGGACAAAGAGAGCGACAGCUACAGUGUCAGUCCCUCUCAGGACACAGACCGAGCUCGCAGCAGUAUGGUGUCUACAGAAAGCGCCUCCUCCACGUACGAGGAACUAGCCCGUGCCUACGAACACGCCAAGAUGGAGGAACAGCUGCGACACGCUAAGUUCACGAUCACAGAAUGCUUCAUCUCAGACACAUCCUCCGAACAGAUGACGGCCGGCACCAAUGACUACACAGACAGCCUGACGUCCAGCACGCCGUCAGAGUCAGGCAUCUGCAGAUUCACAGCCUCCCCGCCUAAACCACAGGACGCCAGCCGGGUCAUGAAUAUGGCCGUGCCCAAAGCACACAGACCCGGAGGUGAGCUGGUCCAUCUUCCCCCUUACCUACGUAUGGACUUCCUUUUGAACCGGGGAGCGGCCCCUUCAGGUCGGGAGGCCACAGGACAGACUUGUAUGGACCCACAGAAGAGCCGAUUGGCGAAGCGGCCAGCAUUGCUGGCCCCCACACCCUCCGAGACCCCCUCGUCAGCCCUCUCUUCCUCCGGGCCCCCCAGCAGAGAGGCGGUACAGCAGUGGCAGCCGGGAACUGCCUCUACACUGCCACAGCGCGAGCCGGGCGACCUGGCCCAGGCUGCCAAACUCAGCAGCUCCCAGGAGUCGCUGUUAGACUCCAGAGGACACCUGAAACAAAGCAACAACCCCUACGCAAAGUCCUACACACUUGUAUAACACAGGACUACAGCUACGGACCACGUUGCACUGUCACGCACACACACAAAACGUGAGGACCCGCUGCAAAGACGAGCGCUUUUCUGAUUCAGAGAUGAGUCCUGUACAUACAUUCUGAAUUCCUAAAGAAGUGGAUAGUUUUCUUUGCAUCUGACUUUCUUUCUGUCUUUCUCAUCUCUCUCUCUCCUCUCUCUCUGCUGUUUUUUUUUACACUUUAUUUUUCUCUCCUUCUUCUCUUGCCCUCUUUUCUGAUUAAGUUGGAUUUUUUACGUAAUCAUUCAUUUAUUUUAAAUACCACCGUUAUGAAGAUUGCCAAAAUUAUUUAUUUAAAUUGACAGAGGAACUACUUUUGAAUUUAUAUCAAGGAUAAUUCUAUAGUCAUUAUUAUUAUUAUAUAAAAAUAGAGAAAAAUUAUCAAAAAAUGGUUUAAAAAGGCGGGGUGUGGUCAGCUCUGCGGGAAGACGUUGCUUUCUUUAUCCAUGACUCUACUGUUUUGAUGAAACGACGAGGUGUGAUCGGCAAAUUUCGUAGCUGUUUAUCGCGCCUGUGUAUCUGACGAUCGCAGAAGACAUGGAGGAAGGACAACGAGUCCAACUUGGAGGUUGGACACACGUCCACAGUUUCCAGUCGUCUCAGAAUGUUGUGCUUUCUAAGGACUGCAUGGGGACCUGAAAAUAAAAAAAAAAUAAUCCAAGAGAUUUUUUUGUCACACUAAGGGAAUAUAUAAUGUUGUAAUAUAUGUUAUGACAUUAUAUGUUAUAAGAUAUGUUAUAACAUACAUAUAAAUAUAUAUAUAAAUAUAUACAU